AAUAUUAUUAUAAAAUGAUGAGCGCGUCGGCUGCCGGCUAUCAGUUCAUAACUGCAGUGCACGGACAUCAAAAUAUUAUGCACAUCUUCACCAUGGAGUGUUUAAAGAUGUGUGUCGUCAUAGGCUUGGCGCUAACCACUCCACUCGGUAGGCCUGCGAAUGCAGCACCGUCGCCAAUCGGCGCUUAUGUCUACCACCAGUAUAAACGGAGCCCCGCCGACCCGAACGUGGACUUGACUUCUGCGUUGGCCACGAACUUUGGUGGUUUCAAUCCGUCCGCGACAUUACCGGAUUUCGGUUACGGUUCUGGUUUCCCGUCCACCUCAGCAGGCUUCGGGUUCGACGACGUUGCCAGUGGUUUACUGCACUUGUCUCAUCCAUAUGCCGCUACCACAUUUGGCUCCGAGUUCAGCCCGAUCGGUUAUCCAUUUUCUGAAUCCACACUUAAUCAGCUUCAGUUCAGAACUGCAAUUGAUCCCGGUUCACCGUCCUCGUUUCCGGUCGGUAUAAAGUAUAAUCCAAAAGUCAGUAAUGCCGGUCUUAAUUUUUACGAACUUUCGGCCACCGAAUCCGCGAAACCGAAUGAUCAAAAGGCAGUUCAAUUGCAACAGACUAGACCUAAUGAGCAACAAGUUCCUGUGAAAUCGCUUAACUCCGCUCCUGAUUCACUUGCUUCGCUGCAACAAUCAUAUCCUGCAGCCACUGCAUUUGUACCGCAAAAACAGUUGUAUACGGCUGCAAUACCUGUGCCACUUCAACAGUCUUAUCCAGCAACCGUGUCUGUACCACAACAACAGUCAUACCCGUCCACCGCAUCUGCUCCCUUGCCACAAUCAUAUCCAGCUUUUACAUCUGUACCACAGCAACAGUCAUAUUCAGCUUCAGUACCUGCGCCACUUCAACAGUCAUAUUCCACCAUCGCGUCUGCUCCACUACAACAGUCAUACCCAGCCACGAUAUCUAAUUCACAGCAACAGUCAUAUCCAACUUCAAUAUCUGCACCAUUACAACAGUCACAUCCGGCUUCCACAUCUGUAUUUCAGCAACAGUCGUAUCCGAAUGCAAUAUCUGCGCCAUUGCAACAGUCGUAUGUAGCCGCCAUAUCUAAGCCACCGCAACAGCCAUAUCCAACCACUGCCGAAGAUUUCCGAAUUUCCGCGUACCAACAACAACAACAACAACAACAACAACCCACAACUAGCAGUUCAGCGGGUCCACCGAACACUUCUAACGUUGGAUCCGUACCGGAUUUAGCUUUGGAAUUGAGACCACCGCCGUACACCGCGCCUCCAUCGUCGGUCGAUUACCGACAAAAUGCGAACAUUUUGUCACCUUCAGCACCUUCCUAUCCAUCCGCUGACAUCAAUAAAAAUAACAACAACUAUCCCGUUAACGAUUUCGGCUUGUCGUCGGCUCCCACGGCCGGAACUUCCGGUCAAAACCAGGUGUUUAGCGGCUCGAACGGCGGACAGCUCCCCGGGAAUACGAAUGAUUUCCGUGCGGCUGGUUCGAACGCCAAACCUGACCAAACCCACACAAAUGUUUAUUAUACGGCAGCCUCUGUUCCAGUUUCGGGUACUUCGAAUAGUGUAUCGAGCGACGUUCCCAAUUACUAUUCCGUUCCUAGCAUAUCUUAUUCCAGUACCGCCGGUGAGUUUGCCGGUUCGACUAACGCACCACCAGCUGCCCAGAUACAGUCUAUUGGAACCGACCGCGGUGUGUCUGCAGUCAACCCGACAGGUGGUCAAAACCCACCUAACUCAAUUCCAAGUGUGACUUACACCAACUCGAAUUCAAUUUCUGCGAACUCCUAUAGCGAUUCAAACUUAAUCCAGAGUAGUUCUUAUACCACACCCGGUACUCCGAUUGCCGUCAACCCUUACAACGACUACAAACUAGGUACCGAAAAUUUUUACGGUGACUCGAAUUCAAUUUCGCUCAACAGUAAACGUGAAUCGUUCACUGUUGACUCGUCUUAUAAACAUCCAUCACGUAUACAAUACUCAAGUGACGCAGGAAGUUAUAAGACUAUACAAUAAAAACAUAUUAUUUUAGACAAACUGUGAUGCAGCAUAUGACUACGUGUAUAUUUUAUUUUUUAUAAUUAAAUACAUAUUAAGUGCUGUUAAUUUUAAUUUUUAAAGAAUAUAAUAUCUA